AUGGCCUCAGGUAAUGCGCGCAUGGGAAAGCCCACCCCUAACUUCAAGGCCACAGCCAUGGUGGAUGGCGCCUUCAAAGAGGUGAAGCUGUCAGACUACAAAGGGAAGUACGUGGUCCUCUUUUUCUACCCUCUGGACUUCACUUUUGUAUGCCCCAUGGAGAUCAUCGCGUUCAGCAGCCAUGCCAAGGACUUCCGCAAGCUGGGCUGUGAAGUGCUGGGCAUCUUGGUGGACUCUCAGUUCACCCACCUGGCUUGGAAUAACAUCCCCCGGAAGGAGGGAGGCUUGGGCCCCCUGAACAUCCCCCUGCUUGCUAAUGUGACGAGACGCUUGUCUGAGGAUUACGGUGUGCUGAAAACAGAUGAGUGCAUUGCCUACUGGGGCCUCUUUAUCACUGAUGGCAAGGGUGUCCUUCGCCAGAUCACUGUUAAUGAUUUGCCUGUGGGACGGUCAUUGGAUGAGGCUCUGCAGCUGGUCCAGACCAUCCAGUACACGGACGAGCACAGGGAAUUUUGUCCUGCUGGCUGGAAGCUUGGCAGUGACACAAUAAAGCCCAACGUGGAUGACAGCAAGGAAUAUUUCUCCAAACAAAAUUAGGCUGGCCAAUGGAUAGUGAGCUUGUGCCCCUACCUAGGUGCCUGUGCUGGGUGUCCACCUGUGCCCCUACCUAGGUGCCCUGUGCUAACCCAGGAAAGGCCAGACCUGCCCCUCCAAACACCACAGUCUGGGACCCUGGAGGGCUAGGCCAAGGCCUUCUCAUG